AUGACGACAGUUAAAGUGAAAAAUGCGGUCGUUGAGGAGAAUGACGAGGAUAAAGAAUUGAAAAUUGAGUUAAAUAACUUAGUUGAAAGGAUAACGAGUGAUGACUUACAAAUCAUAUCCCCUGCCAUAGAAAUGCUAAAAUACUUAAUAAGAACAGCAACGACUUCGAUGACCUCGGUACCAAAACCCCUAAAAUAUUUGACCCAAAAUUAUGCAGCCCUUAAAGCAAAACACGCCGAAAUGGAGGCCGGAAGUGUUAAAAAUAGCCUCUCUGACGUCAUUUCCGUUUUAGCCAUGGGCAAUGGGGGUGAGGGGCAAGAUUGCCUUGUCUACUGUCUUCAAGGUUCUAUGACAAAUAUAGGGGACUGGGGUCACGAGUACAUUAGACAUUUAGAGAACGAAAUCGUGCAAAAAUGGACUAACUGCGAGGAAUCGGAGAGAAUUUUGAUGCCUUUGGUGAAGGAUAUCAUUGAGUUUAAUUGUGGGCAUCAUGCCGAAAUUCAGGCAUGCGAUUUGCUCAUGGAAAUAGACAAGUUAAACAUGUUGCCUGAAUAUUUAAACCAAAGUACCUACCCAAGGGUUUGUUUGUAUUUAAUGUCGUGCACAAAGUAUGUCGAUGAUGUGGAACGUUCCAAAAUUAUGAAACUUAUCUGCCAUGAGUAUCUAAAGUUUGGAGAAUAUUCUAGAUCUCUUAUAACAGCUAUUUUGAUGAAUGACGACGAUAUGGCCAACACCAUUUUUGAGACAUGUAAAGAGAAGGCCACUCUAUACCAAAUGGCAUUCAUUUGCGCCCGACAUUUGUAUUCUAUAGAUUUAAACCCAAAUCUAGAAGACGUCGACGAGUUGCAAAACAUACUAAGCAACAGCCAUCUUAGUGCAUACUUUAUAACUUUGGCCAGAGAGCUUGAUAUUAUGGAACCCAAAGCCCCGGAAGACGUCUACAAAACCUGGUUGGAACCGGUCCCGCCGCGCUUGUCUCUCCUGGGAGACAACGUCGACAGCGCCAGGCAAAAUUUGGCCUCGUCCUUCGUGAACGGCUUCGUCAACGCAGGCUUCGGCAGCGACAAGCUGUUGACGACCGAAGGCGGCAACAAGUGGAUUUAUCGCAAUAAAGAUCACGGCAUGCUCAGCGCCACGGCCGCCUUGGGUUUGCUGCAUCUGUGGGAUGUCGAUGGAGGCCUGACUCCCAUCGAUAAGUAUCUGUAUACCAGUGAGGAUCACAUUAAGGCUGGGGCACUUUUGGCGCUUGGUAUAGUCAACUGCAGGGUGAGAAAUGAAUGUGAUCCGGCUCUGGCCCUCCUGGGGGACUAUUUACAAGGAAACAACUCUGUACUUCAAAUCGGGGCUGUAUUUGGCAUCGGGCUCGCGUACGCAGGCACGGCAAGAGAAGACGUGUUGGAUCUCCUCCUCCCGAUCAUAAACUCCAACGCCUCCCCGGACGUUUUGGGCAUAACCUGCCUGUCGUGCGGCCUCAUAACCCUGGGCAGGAGCGACAACGACGCGGCCACCGCGAUCCUGGACAAAAUAAUAGAGGUCAACAACACGGACGCCCUGAAAACUCCGCACAUGAAGCUGGCCGGUUUGGGGGUGGCUCUGUGCUACUUCGGCAUGAAGGACGCCAUCGAUGCCCCCAGCAUGGCGAUGGAGGUGUUCGAGGAGCCGUUCAAGACCACCAUGCAGUGCAUGCUGAAGAUGUGUGCCUACGCUGGUACGGGGGAUGUCUUGGUCAUACAGGAACUGCUCAGGAUUGUUGGGGACAAACUGGAUAUGCCGGAAGACGAACUCCCGCGAAAAGCGAGCGAGCUGAAAAAGAAAACCGACUGGGACUACUGCAGCGGCCAGGCGAUGGCCACCCUGGCGGUGGCUGCAGUCUCGAUAGGCGAGGAAAUCGGCGUCGAAAUGGUGCACCGAAUUUUCGGGCACGUCGGUCGCUACGGGGAGACGUCCGUCCGCAAGGCGGCGCCGCUGGCGAUCGCCCUCACCUCGGUCUCCAACCCGCAGCUGACCGUCAUCGACAUCCUGACGAAGUAUUCGCACGACGUCGACGACGACGUGUCGUGCAACGCCAUCUUCAGCCUGGGCUUCAUAGGCGCCGGCACCAACAACGCCAGGUUGGCCAUGAGCUUGAGGCAGUUGGCCGUGUACCACUUGAAAAAUCCGUCGCAACUGUUUAUGGUGCGCAUCGCGCAAGGUUUGGUGCACAUGGGGAAGGGAACGAUGACUUUGAACCCAUUGCACACGGACAGGCAACUUGUGGACCCCGUGGCCAUGGCAGGUCUUCUAAUCACUCUAAUACCCCUCUUGGACCCGCAUUCCACAAUUCUGGGCCGCUCCCACUACCUCCUCUACUCGUUGGUCACCGCGAUUCAGCCCCGCUGGCUUCUAACCCUCGACGAAAAUCUCGAAGCCGUCCCUGUGACGGUCAGAGUGGGCCAGGCGGUGGACGUGGUGGCCAAAGCGGGAACCCCGAAAACGAUCGCGGGGAUCCACACGCACUCGACCCCCGUCCUAUUGGCCGCCGGGGAAAGGGCGGAGCUGGCCACCGACCAAUACGAGAGCUUCGCGCCCACCAUGGACGGCAUAUGCGUUUUGAAGAAGAAAAGCGAGGGCGGGGAUUGA